ACAUCGAAAUACCGUCGUCAGCUCGCCAUCAUUGCACUGAAAACCGAGCAGGAGGAGACUGAUCAUACAGGAAAAUAAAGGCCCCUUGGGAAGAUAAUAGACGAGUGUAGUGUUGAAAAUAUACUUACCAACCGCGAUUUUUGAACGCGUAAAAGGAAAUUCCUUUGUAUAGUGAACUUUUGCUAGCACGGCAAUCGCCCUCCAGUCGGAUUUUCAUUGUUUUCUAACCUCAUCCAUUGCAAAAACAAAAAGUAAUAUCGAAUCGAUUUUGCGGUGUGCGUGUGCGGCCGAGUACCGUGGAAAGAAAGGCGAAAAGGGUUUCAUCGCAGAGAGAAGUGAAAAGUUUUUUCUUCGUCGGUCGGAUCGAAUGAAUGGAAGAAAAUAAUGCGUAAACGCGAACAAAUCCCGAAAUCGUGGUGAAAUUUUCGCUACUUUUCCGUAAUACGUAGUGCGUGAGUGAGCGUUUUAAUUAGUGGAACAUUCUGUGAUUGCAUAUCUCCUGAAUUAUUUGCUAUACAUAUUGCAAGCUCUCAGCUUUUUCUAUUCCUAGCCGUAGUGUUUCGGGAGAAAAUUUGGUUGAGCCUCCGCAGCCUUUGUGCCUGCUGCUGUGUUGAAUUUUUAGCAAAACGGAGUUUUCGAGCUCCGAACUGAAACCAGUCGCCUUUAGAAUCGUAAUUAUUCUGCGGUGGUGGUGUGGUUCGGCCUGUCAAUAUCAGCUAGCAACGAUUCUCAAACGGCCAGUAGAGGGCCAUAGGAACCACCAAGGAACGGAACAGAAUUUUGACGAGCAAAAAAAACCAAACCUGCUGCGGAGAAAGUCGAGAAUCAAUCCAUUCUUGUAGCACCCUAUCGGGAAAGGAGCAGCGUUUGAUUUCGUUGGCGGAAUUUGUUUUCCAUUUUUAGUGCUAUCUGUGAUCCUUUAAAGUGCUGUGUUAUCACCAUCAACGUGUUAUAUUGAAAGAAAUUAAAAUUUAAACUAGUUAUAUCAUCAGCGCAAAGUUGUGUGGGACAGUGAGUGUGCGGCGAGAAUAGGAAAGGAAAGGAAAGGAAAGGUGUUCGCGAUUGAGGCAGAAGCUAGAGCUAGUCAUAUUCUUGGCAAACGUCUACAAUCCAAUUUUGUGACGUGCGACGACAGAGCGCAGAGGAAGAAACAUCUGGACAACCGAUCCAGUCGGGAGCAACUAGUAGACGGGAGGACCGCGGCUUACGAGGAGAACAACAACCACACCGUCAUCAUCAUGUUUUGGGACAGUGCAAACUCGUUGUCCAAUAUAGACAGUUUGCUAACGAAGGAGGGACUCACACUCAAAGAUGUGCUUGAGUACGAAGACGUACUGCAGGAAUGCAAAUCCCAAAACACAAAACUGCUUCAAUACUUAAAUCGUACAGAGGUGUUUGACGAACUGAUAGAUCUGAUCAUCCAGGAACCGCCGGCAGAUCUCGAGGAUAACAUUCGCUUCCUGCAUUCCAAUAUGGCAUGCGAGAUACUUACCAGUGACGUACCGUCCUUCAAGACCCAUCUGGUGGAAAAUCAGAACUUUCUGAACAAACUAUACGGCUUUCUGCUUCGAGACCCGCCGCUCAAUCCGCUGCUGACAUCGUUCUUCUGCAAAACGUUCGGGAUGCUCAUAUCAAAACGUAACGAACAAGAUUAUUUCUCUUAUAAGUCAGUGUGCCUACAAGUAUUAGAGUUUAUCAAGUCUAGAAAAGGUUUCCUCACCACAAUGCUGAAGCACUUUGGCAACCAGGUCAUCACCGAUCUGCUGCUAUGUUACAUCACCGAUAUCGAAGACGCCGAGCUCAAAUCGGAACUGCUGGAGUGGCUCAACGAGCAAAAUCUGAUUGCUGAAAUCAUCAACCUGCUGAAGUUACCAGGCGAAACGCAGAAACACUACAACGUCGCACAAUUUUUAAUCGAAUUAAUCAAGAUAGGAAGAUGCAAACGACAAAACGAGAGACAAGACAAAGGCAACUACAAACUCCAGUCCACCUUCAAGCGGAUAGACAAUUUCAAGUCCAAGAUCCUUCCGACUGAGCUGAAGAACGUCAACUUGUUCAAAUUCAACCUCAGCGAGACCGUUCCGACGUUUCUCGGCAAGAUCUCUUCUCACUUUCAAGUAACAUCCGAUCCCAUUCUGGAUACCCUCGAGGGCGAAUCCAUCACCCAAAUGCUGCUGGACAUCAUACUUAAGGAAAAUAUAGAAGAAAGCGCCAUCGUGGCCGGAAUCCGGAUCAUACUGCGACUACUGGAGAAUACGAUCAUACAAGAGCCGGUCUCCGAUACUGCUCUCCAGAUGGUUAUCGACGCCGAAAAGGAGCAUCACGACACCGUUGUGCUGCGCUUAGUCAAUGUCAUAUACCCGAGAAUAAAUGAGUUAAUUCACAUUUUAAAAAAUCCGCCUCAGAAACCCGACAUUAUUACCACAGUUGGCGUACUUUCACCACCUCUAGGAAACGUGAGACUUCAGAUUUGUAAUUUAUUUACAGUAUUAAUAGAAACCGAGAACAGUGAUGUUAUCAGGACAAUAUGCGGAACAGAUUUUUAUAAUACAUUGCUCAAUCUUUUUAAGCAAUAUUGUUGGAACAACUUUUUGCACAGUCAGGUCAAGGUGUGCGUAAACUACGCCAUACAGGCGUUCGACCAGAAGGAAGGCGAUGCAACGCUGCUUGUUUCGGAUUUGCAGCGGCAUAUCAUAUACGACUACAAGCUUCCUCGUCUGCUAGUUGAACUGUGGAUCCACAACGAGAUGCAAGAGCCAGAGCCAAUCGUAGAAGGAAAGACGCCAAAAAAGUGCCGCCGGCUCGGUUACAUGGGUCACUUGAUCGAAAUGCUCGAGAUGCUCGUCUCCAGCAUGCGAUCAUCGAAUGAGUUAUGUGCCUUAAUCAAACUGUCCUUCGUAGGAACGAACAGAGGCACCUUUUACCGUUUUCGCGAUCUGGUUAAACAAAAUGGUGAACUGGGCUCUAUAGUAAAAUUGCAAAAGCGUUUCUUGGCUGACACUGAUCCAUAUCAAAUGAAAGACUACACAUCCGACGUUACUAUUUUCUCCAAGGAUACAUUACAAUUGGAUUUCGAUCCUUCGGCGAUAUCACCGAUAGCUUGGGAAUUGGAAGUGAGGGAAAUAAACGAAAGAAUCUUACAUUUUACAUUAGACAACGAGGAGAGCAGUAGUCAAACUUUCCCGAAAGAACUGGAAAGCGAAAUGAAUACUCUUACCUACAAAGAUACUUGGCCUUUGACCGAAGAUACUGGAACCGCUGAAUCGUCCGAUCCGUGGGGUAUGGGGGAAGGGACGGAGAGUAUUGAACCGAGUGCAGACGGAAUAACCGAUGCAUGGGCUGAUUUCGGAUCCGAUGGUUUUGCUGAUUUUGAUUCGCACUUUUCACAAAUCCAGUCUGAGGGUGGUUUCGGUAGUGAUGUACCAUUCGAUAGUAACGUAAAUAAUGCCUUCAGUAGCUUUACCGAUGGAAGCGAGAAUGUAUUUGCCCCCGGUAGUAUGGAUCUGGAUCCGUUGGGUGAUUUGAGCUUUCUAGUUACUGGUGGUAAUGUCGCAUUAGAUGCAGCACCAGAAAGCGUAGCACGAAUCGAAGCAAACGAUAGCGUUAGCAGUGAACCGGAAGGUGAGAAAAAUAGUAAUGUUGUAGCAAACGAUGUGCCAUUAUCCGUACUCAUUACGGACGAGACUAGUACAAGUAGUCAACAGUUGAUUCCACUGGCGGAGAACAAUGGAACUGAAUUGGAAGACAGCGCAUGUACUACAACAACCAGUAGCUCAAAAGAUGACUCCAUAGCAAUGACACAGCAGCCUUCGCAAGCAGAUGCCUCAACGAUCGAGUUUGUUGAUGUUACCUCAAAUGGACCGAUAAGCAUAGGUGAUAAUUUACAGUUUGAAGACGCUUCAAAGACUGCGGAAUCGGAUAGUGCCCUUUCCGAAAUCCUAGCUACUAGCCUAGCCCAAAUCUGCUUGGAAAGCAAUAGUGACGUACCGGCAGUAGAAACGUCAACAGCCCAGACAGCGACCAAGACUUCUAACCUCGUAAUAGUAGCGGAAACCACCAACGAUAGUAGCAGUAACUGUAGAGCAAGUGACAGUGACAGCACCAGCAACGCAGAGAUCCUAACCUCGUCAAUUGAUCCAUCGAAACUUCCGGCCGAAGUGUUCCACCAGCAACAGCAGCCACAACCACCACCAACUGUGCCAUUAGAGAAUGGAUCAGUAUAAAUUAUUAGCAGAAUAGUGAGAAAAAAAAGAAACAUGUAUAAUCGGUCUAGUAUCAGGCGGAUUGUAAAGUUGCGGACAAAAGCCACAAAAAAAACACACACACAUGACAAUGAGAGGCUUCAGAAGCGACACUCAUUGAGUGAAUGAAAACGGAAUGAAUUUUGGACGAACAGUGAACUGAUUAGUGAGUCUGGUUAUUAUAGAAGUUUUAGGAAAAGGCGCUUACCCGCAGAAAAAAAUGCAAAUCUUAAAGCAAAAAUAAUAUUUUAUCGAACGUAUAUUUGUACCGAUUCCGUGAGACUGUUGGUCUUACAAAUACCUACAUAGGAAAAUUCUCACUGAAGCAUGGUCCAACCCCUUUUCCGUUAAGUCCCAGAAAACCAGCUGCUGCGAUAGAAUUGGCAAGCGCAACUGAUGAUGCGUGGCAUGGUGCUGAAAAGUUUAGAUCGAUUUAGUCUCUCCGUAGCUUUGGAAGCGAACCAAAAAUUAUAAUAUUUUAUAAAAAUUUCAUUAUAUUAUCUCUGUGCCUGCUUUGUACCUAACAAUGGAAGAAAGCCUACUCAUCUGCCCUAAGAAGGAGGUGGUCACCGACACGAUUUUUGGUAUAACCGACAGCAAUCGGAUGAAAUGCUCCUAGAAAAGUAAGUUUGUUUUUGGUAGUCAUUUUGGACCUUAGAUUCGGACAAUUUUGUUGUUGUUGUAGAUUAUUUACUAAUCUGCAAGGCUGAAAAAGUUUUCACCGCAGUCAGUUGGGUCUUUGAGCUUGAAACAUCAUAUUUUUACGCAAGGUAUACAAACUCUAAAUGACAAAAGAAAUGGUUAAGAAAAAGGUUGUUGAUUUAAUCUGUGUUAUUUUUUUUCGGUGAACCCUGUAUCUUAUUAACAGUUUAAAAAUAUUGUUUCUUCCUAAUGGAAUCCGUUCCUCAAAAACCAGAAAAACUGUCCGUUAUUUUCUUUUGUCCGACUUAAUGAUUUUACUGGAAGUGUCCUUCGCGUAUGCAAAUAUUCGCCCUUCUCCAUGCCCUUUUCGAGUCGAAAACAGAGACGAAAAGAUAGGGAACUGCUUCGUCGAUUACCGAACUGCUGAGCCAAAAGACAAACCACACGGGGGUCUGGUGGUGGCGACGGCGACGUAGACGGCCAAUACCGAAUAGUUCAUUAGAAAAUGUAAAUUAAUUAUGUAUUGCAAAUUGGAAAAAACAUGCCUCGUCCAAGCAAAAAAUAGCAAUUUAGUUACUAUUAAAACAUUUAUUAAUUGUAUUUUGUUUAUUGUUUUUCUUUUUUCUUAUGAUUUAAUUAAAUUUAGACAAAGCAAAAAAAGGAAACAAAAAAUUGUGAACUCAAUGUAUUUUAUGCAUAAAUAAGCCAAAAAACGCAGGAACUGUUAGGUAUGAGUAAAAUGGAUGAGAAUGCAAUUCAGUGUUGCGAUGUUUCUUUAACUGUUGGAAAUAAAUAUAUCACAGCAAACAACGAUAGAAUCCAAGAAUGGACGAGACCGAACAAGAGAGAAAGAGUGAGCAAAACAAAACAAAAAAAAAACAAACAAAGCUUCCGCCAAAACGAAAAUGAAGAAAAUUUACAAGUGAAAUGUACGAGUUUAUUAGCACUAAUUUUCCAUUAAAAUAAGCUCUCCAGUGUGAGUUGGAAAAAAAAGAAAUCAAGGGGCAGGAUGAAUGAUGAGCGAUAUGGAAAAAAAAACGUAACGUUAAAUUUUUUUCUUCAAUCUUCAAUAAGUUAAGUUAAUCCUUCAUCGUUUGUUUGAUUAUGAUGACCAGCAGUGUUUGUAAUAAUAUUUGUGUUAAUGUUCUUUAGUACAAUAAGAAAUUGACGAAAGCUUAUAAGAAUUUUCCAUUCUACUUUCCUUUCUAUUAUUUGUAUUUUUCUUUCUUCUCAUUACAAGAUUUCGGUAGUGCUUAUUUUAUGUUCCAAAUUGUUGCUUAUUUUGUACAAGUUUCCAAGUUCCUUCAAUUUUCCGCUCAGAACUAGUACGAGAGAAAAAUCGAAUGUUUGAACAUAUCUCGCUCGCUGUGCAUACGAUUUCGUUUUUGUUCAAUAUUAUUUAACUAGAAUACUGUUGUUGAUACUGCUGGAACUACGUAAAGUGAAUGCGACAGUAGAAGAAAUAAUCGGAAAAAAACCAUUUCAGUGAUAGCAUUAGAACUUUAAAGGCAGAUUAAGAACAGAAAGUCACUCAUACACUCACAUUCAUUGAUAUACAAAAAAAAAUACACACAAGGUCACACACAAACACAAAACAAAUACGCAUUUCUCGCUAGAUGAGAUAUGAUAAACAAAAAUGGUGCAAUGUUCUGAUAUAUAUAUAUAUAUAUAUAUAUAUAUAUAUAUAUAUAUAUAUAUAUAUA